GUAUACAUUGCUGAAUUCGAUUCUGCUGAGGCAAAUUCAACACUCCCAUCCAUUUUGAAAGAUCGUCGCCAAGCAAUCUUCGGUAACUAUGAAAAGCUGUACGCUUUCCACUCAGAGAAGUUUUUCCAUGAACUGUCCAAGUACGAAGAUGAUCCAGAGGAAGUUGGUUGUUCGUUCACAGUUUGGGUGGAUUAUCUCAAUGAGCUUUACACCGACUAUUGUGUGAAUAUGGAGCAAAACAACCAUUCAAUAAGAGAGAAACAUGGAUUGGAGCAGAAUAAUUCGCUGCACUCCAUGCGAAUCAAGCCAGUGCAGCGGUGCACG